GAACAUUUUCCGACGAUUCUACGUGUUAAUCUCUGCGAUUCGUUUUUUGUUUUCUGAACUGUUUUUGCUCUCUCCUUUUCUUCUUCGUCUUCGAAGCUGUCUUUGAGUUUUUUCUAGUCAAUAUGUGUGGAAUUCUUGCCGUUCUUGGUUGCGCCGAUGAUUCUCUGGCCAAACGUGUUCGUGUUCUUGAACUAUCUCGUCGAUUGAAACACCGUGGCCCAGACUGGAGUGGGCUCUACCAGCACGGCGAUUGCUACUUAACGCAUCAACGUUUAGCCAUUAUCGAUCCUGCAUCCGGUGAUCAACCUCUUUAUAAUGAAGAUAAGUCCGUUGUCGUCACGGUUAACGGAGAGAUAUACAACCAUGAGGAGCUGAGGAAGAAAUUGAGGAACCACAAAUUUCGAACCGGCAGUGACUGCGAUGUUAUCUCGCAUCUGUAUGAAGAAUAUGGAGAGAAUUUCGUGGACAUGCUUGAUGGAAUGUUCUCUUUCGUUCUUUUGGACACGCGUGACAACAGUUUCAUUGCUGCUCGAGAUGCAAUUGGAAUUACUUCCCUAUACAUUGGCUGGGGACUCGAUGGCUCAGUCUGGAUAUCUUCGGAACUCAAAGGGCUGAAUGAUGAUUGUGAACAUUUUGAGACCUUUCCACCUGGGCACUUGUACUCUAGCAAGCAAGGUGGAUUCAAAAGAUGGUAUAAUCCAACCUGGUUCUCGGAGGGUAUUCCAUCGACCCCGUAUGACCCACUUGUUCUGAGACGCGCAUUGGAGAAUGCUGUGAUCAAAAGGCUGAUGACCGAUGUCCCUUUUGGAGUUCUGCUAUCUGGUGGCCUGGAUUCAUCGUUGGUUGCCUCUAUCACAGCUCGUCACUUAGCUGGCACAAGAGCUGCCAAGCAGUGGGGUACAAAACUCCAUUCCUUCUGUGUUGGUCUUGAGGGUUCACCGGAUCUGAAGGCUGCUAGAGAAGUUGCAGAUUUUUUGGGAACUGUCCACCACGAGUUCCAUUUCACAGUUCAGGAUGGGAUUGAUGCCAUUGAAGACGUUAUCUACCAUAUAGAAACAUAUGAUGUAACUACUAUCAGGGCAAGCACACCUAUGUUUCUUAUGGCACGAAAGAUUAAGUCACUAGGAGUAAAGAUGGUGAUUUCUGGUGAAGGCGCUGAUGAGAUUUUUGGCGGAUAUCUGUACUUCCACAAGGCUCCUAAUAAGGAAGAGUUUCACCGUGAAAGUUGUCGCAAGAUAAAGGAACUUCACCUGUAUGAUUGCUUGAGAGCUAACAAAGCAACUUCAGCGUGGGGCUUGGAAGUUCGAGUUCCAUUUUUGGAUAAGGAAUUUAUUAAUGUUGCAAUGGCCAUCGAUCCAGAAUGGAAAAUGGUCAAACGUGAACAAGGUAGAAUUGAAAAAUGGGUCCUCAGGAAAGCUUUUGAUGAUCAACAGCAGCCAUAUCUCCCUAAGAGUGUUCUGUACAGACAGAAGGAACAAUUCAGCGAUGGUGUUGGAUAUAGUUGGAUUGAUGGCCUUAAAUCCCAUGCUGCUCAACAUGUGACUGAUAAAAUGAUGCAGAACGCUGAACACAUCUUCCCCCAAAACACUCCAACAUCAAAAGAAGCCUACUACUACAGAACCAUAUUCGAGAGGUUCUUCCCACAGAACUCAGCUCGGCUGACCGUUCCAGGAGGACCAAGCAUUGCGUGCAGCACAGCAAAGGCUGUCGAGUGGGACGUUGCUUGGUCUAAAAAUCUCGAUCCGUCAGGUAGAGCGGCGCUUGGAGUCCACGUUUCAGCUUAUGCAGAUGAGGCAACCAACGUCAACAGCAUUGUCCCGUCCAAGAUGAUCGAUACCAUUCCGAGAAUGGAGGUGAGUACAUCUGGAUUAAAAAUCCUCAGCUAGUAUAGGAUAUAGUAGUAGGCUAACCUUGCUUGAUAUUAGAUCAUGUCCUCUGAAGUACAUGUUUAAGUGCACAGGAGUGAUGUAAAGUAAGGGUCUUGAGCAGAGUAUUAUUUUGAGACAUUCCAAAGUAAACUUUCUAUGAAUCUAUUAUAUCUUCUCUAGGAUUCUUCGGAUUA